AUGGAAGAAAGGAACGCAUUUUAUGAAAAAAUGGAUAAAUAUUAUAAAUUUAAAUCUACAAAUUUAAAUUUUGUUCAUUUUCAAAAAAAUAGUUCAUUUCACCGAACAAUUGGACGUAGCCCUUAUAAAGCUUUAUUUGGGAAUGACCCAAACAUUAGACUAAGGACAUCAAAUUUGCCAUCUGAUCUUUUAAAAAAAUUAAUAACAGAAGAAGACCUCAAACAUAUAUCUCAAAUAAAGAAAAUUAAAAAACGUUCGAUUGCCUGCAGUAUUUGUAAAGCUAAAAAUAAUGAAAUUAUUUGUCAAUUAUGCAAUUCAAGUAAAAAAAAUACAAAUUCGUCGUGA